GAUCGCCUUCCGUUUCUUCUCUUCACUCUAUUCGUAUUCUCUCUCUCUCGCAUGGAUCGAUUCAUGUGGAGUCCGUUGCUAUUAUUCUCUCUGCUCUUUUCUCCUGUUGUUGUUUUGCCCCUUAGGGUCCGCCCCCCUCCCACUCGGGAUCGCUAGGGUUUUGGAAUUCUUCGCCAAUUAGACGAUCGGUGAGGCAUGGCGGAGCGCCAGCAGUUGGUGGAGCCGGAGGAGCAGGUCGACCUCGACGGAGAUAACGACAUCGAGGAGGAGGAGGAGGAGGAGGACAUGAUGGACGACGAGGACCCCGUGGAGGAGGAGGAGGACAACGGGUACCAGAAGGCCAGAGAAGAGUUUGGCGAGGAAGAUGAGGAGGAGCGAAGCUACGGUGCUGAUGAUGACAAUGAUGAGGAUGGCGCUGGUGAUGGGAGGAGUGAGAAAGUUCCGACCUUAGAAGGGGUUAAUGAUGAUGCGCCUGAAGCUGUGGAAGGAGGAGGGGUACAAGAAGAAGAAGUAGAGAAGCAGGUCGAGGCUGAAGAUGACGAAGACAGCAGGAAGCGGGCCAAAUUGCUCGCUCUUCCUCCUCACGGAUCGGAGGUCUUCAUUGGUGGGCUGCCACGUGAUGCCUCCGAGGAGGACCUUAGAGAGCUUGCUGAACCCUUUGGCGAUAUCUAUGAGGUACGGGUGAUGAAGGACAAGGAUACAAAAGAAAGCAAGGGUUUUGCUUUCAUAAUGUUCACAAACAGUGAUGCAGCUCAGAAGGCCAUUGAGGGGAUCCAUGAGAGAGAGUUCAAGGGAAGAAAACUAAGAUGUUCCUUGUCACAAGCUAAGCAUAGGUUAUUUAUUGGAAAUGUGCCCAAGAGCUUGGCAGAAGAUGAGCUGAGGAAGAUCCUCGAGGAUAGUGGUCCAGGAGUUGAACAUAUUGAAAUGUUCAAGGAUCCACAGAACCCGGCACGUAAUCGUGGUUUCUUGUUUGUUGAGUACUAUAACCAUGCCUGUGCUGAAUAUGCAAGGCAGAAAAUGACGAAUUCAAACUUUAAGAUUGAUGGAACCAAUCCAACUGUCAGCUGGGCUGACCCAAAAAACUCUGCAGAUUCCUCUGCUGCUGCUCAGGUAAAGGCAAUUUAUGUGAAAAAUUUGCCAGAGAAUGUCUCUUCGGAAAGACUAAAGGAACUUUUUGAACUCAAUGGAGAGGUCACAAAGGUUGUUCUGCCCCCAGCUAAAGCUGGGCAGGGAAAGCGGGACUUUGGUUUCGUUCAUUUUGCAGAUAGGUCCAGUGCACUAAAAGCAGUUAAAGCAACUGAAAAAUUUGAGAUUGAUGGGCAUGUUUUGGAGGUCUCCCUUGCCAAGCCUCAGGCAGACAAGAAGCCUGAGCAUGCUGCAAAACCUGGCCUCAUCCCAAAUUUGCCUUCGUAUCCACCUUAUGGUUAUUCAGGAGAUCCAUAUGGGGCUUAUGGUGGAGGGUACGGUGCUGCAGGGUUUGGUCAGCCAAUGAUAUAUGGCAGAGGACCGAUGCCACCAGGGAUGAGAAUGGUGCCAAUGAUGCUACCUGAUGGCCGCCUUGGUUAUGUUUUGCAACAGCCUGGUGCACAGCCCUCGCCACCUCCGCCGCCUCGGAGGGGUGAUCGCAGUGGUGGUUCUAGCGAAAGCGGAAGUAGGGGCAGCGAUGGAAACCGUGGACGCCGCUACCGCCCUUACUGAUUCGGUGGUUAUCUUACGAUGCUAUGCAUGCUAAAUCUGCUUAGGGGUUUUGCUUCUUUGUAGCCAUCAGUUCACAUAGUUCAUGGUUUUAAGUUUUAUCUCUAACAUCUGACAUACAAAACAUAUUAAUAUCACAGUGUUGUACUUGUCGAGACCGCUUACUUUCUGAGUCUAUUCUGGCUAUUUGACACCAUAACAAUCGCCAAAGUCUGUGAUUGUUAACCCCUCAUAUGGAGUUUUAUGUACUACCCCAUGGGCAUUUGUUAUUUGUUGGUAA